AUGAUAGUUAUGCAUCACAGAAUACACUUUUACACAGUGAAUAGUUUCUAUUGUAUAUUGUUGAUUGUUUUUCUAAUGUGUCAUUGUGAAAAUGUGGAAAUUCUUAUUCCUACAGGAAAAAUAUUUAAUCUCAUUCUACCAAUAGAAAAUUCUAAUCAUGAUUUAUGGAAUUUACCCAAUUGUAUUCAAUUCAUUUCAACUAUGAAUAAAACUGAAAAAAUCAAUAUAACAUUCAAUGGAUUAUGCUUUCAAUGUGAUACAAUAAAUAUAAACAAUCAGUUAUCUUUUAAUGAAAAUGAUACACAACUUAAUAAACCAAUAUUUAAUAAAUCAAUUGAUUAUAAUUAUGAUUAUAUAAUUUAUUUAAAUAGUUACCAUGUAAAUACUCAUUUAACAUUGAAUAUUCAUUCUAUUCAUUUAAAUACAUCAUUACAUUAUGCAUUAGUUAAUUAUAAUAAACAUAUAUCAAUGAAAUGUUUUAAACAAUCACCAACAUUAUUAUUAUUUAUAUUCAAUGUACAAAUAUGUAAUUUAAAUUAUACAGAACGUAUUGAAUUAAAGAAUAUGAUAAAAAUAUUUAUGCAUUUAAUCGAAAUUACAUAUUUUAAUCACUCCUUAAUUAAAUCUAAUCAUGAUCAUGAUCUUGAUAAUAAUGUUCAUUUAAUUUUGGAAUCAUCGAUCAUGUAUGAAAGGAAAUUAUCCAUAUUGGCUAGCGCUAAAGCUCAUAAUUAUAUCAGAAAUUCUAAAUCAAAUUUUUCCCAACUAAUUAGCAUACAACAUAUUGGAUGUGGUAUUAUACCUGAUCAUAUAUUGAAAAUAUUAACUGUAUUAGAGAAGAAAUUUCAAAUGGGAUUGAUACCAAUUUGGACACUAUUGGAUAAUACAAAUUUUACUCAUUUUGAGAAGUUUAAAAAUAUCACGUUGGCUGAAUGGAUUGUUGGUGAUCUAAUUCAUAAUUCUUUGGAUGAUGCAACACAGACAAAACAAGAAAAUGUAAAACGAUCUCUUAAUAAACGAUCUGCAGUGUCGUCACGUGAAGCUGGAUAUUUAGAAGAAGGUUCAGGAAUGGCUUCGUUUCAACAAUUUUCAAAAAUGGAUUAUCGUUCAUUUUUAGACCAUUCCAGUUCUGAUCUAAUUCAUUCGAAUAUACCAAGAGUUAAAAAUUAUAUAACACCAAUAAAAACAACAGUGUAUCAAAUAUCUAAUGUCCAAAUACCACAGAAUACAUUCUACGAUCUUCAAGAUGGUUAUACACAAAACCUCAAACUUACAUUAUAUGCUUCAAAUCGCGAGAAUAUUUCAUAUAUUGAACUUAAGUCUAUGGAAAACUUGAAUCAGGCUAUCGGUGAAGAGAUUACACGUGAUAUAAAAAAGGAUCAGAAUAGAGCUUGUGAACCGUUUCAAAUAAUUGUGAAGCGUCCAUCACCUUUCAGAAAGAACUUUAUUUUACGUAUACCUCCAGGUGUAUUUUGGUGUUACCAGAUACCUAUUUAUUGGUUCAAAGAACUUAAAACUCUUUCAUUUGAUAAAUUAGAUUUGGAAGUGAAAGGUGAUUCACCAUUUUCAUGGAAUGUCCAAACUGGAGAAGUAUGCGUAAUAAGCAAUUUGAAAAUAUCACAAAUUAUAACACUUUUUUUUCAUGCAACAAAUGUUAAACUUGCUCAAAGUGUAGAAAUUGAAUUUCGUUUAUCGGCUAAAGUUCCAUCAGUUCAACUUUUGGUAACCAAUACUAAAUUACGAAUGAAAUUUCAAUGGCCAGAGAAAUUAACAAAUUAUGAAUUAAAUACACUAAACAAGAUUAAUUUGACUCUUGCAGAAACAUUACAAAAUCGAAUUAAUCCUGAAGUUAGUUCAGAGAAAUUAUAUAUAUAUGAGAUCAUACAAUUUAGAAUUCCACAAAAUGAAUCUGAUAUAGCAUCGUUUGAAUUGGAUUGGAUAUUUCUACCAUUGGGUUUACCAAAUGACGGUGAAGAAAUAUUUCUUUUAUCUAAUGAUUCUGCUAUAACUAACAUUCAUUCAUUUCAAAUGAUGCAAAACACAAAUCUACAUAACGUUAAUCAACCAAUAAACCUUUAUGUACAACCAAAUAAUAUACCGAAACUUUCUAAAUUAUUAACCGAUUGUCAAUUAUCUAAUUUGGAUAAAGCUGAAAUUACUCUACAAAAUAAUAAAAAUUUAUUUAUUCCCUUCAUAUUAGAGUCUGUAAAGUUGUUAAAUUUAGAAAAUUCAGCUUGUUUUCUAGCUAAAAAAAUAACCAAACAAUUAGAAGAACAAGCAUAUUCAGCUUCUCAACGAUCAAAUGAAAUUGGGACAAAUUUAAGUAGAUGGUCAGACAGUCAUUUGUAUAUGCCAGCGAAUGUUCAGUUUAUGCCAAAUGUGAUACCUAACUUCACCGUUAUUGCGGGUUUACGAUUCAAAAAAUCUAUUAAUCCAGAUAAUGUUACUCCAUCUAAAAGAAUUCAAUUUAUGGAAUUAAGAGAUGCAUAUGGACUCAUUCUUGAUGAUUCUAGUUGGAUGACUUUAACAUUAGACAAUUCACACUUAAUCGGUUUACCUCUUAAUGAACAUAUACGAAAACAGCCAUAUUUAUUUAGACUUUAUAUUCAUUCCGUUGAUCAAAAACACCUAUUACAAUUGGCUUUACAGUAG